AUGCUGCACCGGGGUCCUCUUGAGCCUGGAGAGGUGGUGCCACAACAGAUCACCAAGCAGUUUGGCCGCAGUGAGGGUUGUAAGGAUUACAGUGGGAUGGAGAAGAAGGAGGAGAAGAAGGUCAUCCAGUCAUCAGAUCCCCUCUACCCUGUCUUACAGGGGGGAACUGAAGAACAACUAAUUUUUCCUCCCCAUAUCAGUCCCCUAGAGUGCCGGAGGGACCCAGCCACCCACCAUCCAGGGAAGCAGACGCUGCUCCGAGAGCGGAGGGGGAAGCUAGCAAACAAGAAGUCCUGGGUACAAGGGGCAACUGGUAUGAGCCAGUAUUCAUGGACUACCCGAAGAACGGUAGAUCUAGAAAUGGGCCAGGUAUCCCACAUUUUUAUGGUGAUACCGGAAUGCCCCUACCCACUAUUAGGACGGGACUUACUGACCAAGAUUGGAGCUCAGAUAAUUUUCAGUCAAGGGGGGCCUCAGGUCAACGACGGCAAAGUCCACCCCAUCCAGGUCCUGACUCUGAGACUGGAGGAUGAGUACCGCCUCCACAAGAAGGCGUCCCCAAUAGAGAACAACAUGGACAGAUGGCUACAAGAAUUCCCCACAGCUUGGGCAGAGACAGGGGUGGGGGUAGGACUAGCCGCUCACAGGACCCCAAUCCUAGUAGAGCUAAAACCAGGAGAAGGCCCAGUAAGGAUGAAGCAGUAUCCUAUGUCUCAGGAGGCCCAGAAGGGAAUCCAGCCUCACAUCCGGAGGCUGUGAAGCGUAGGGGUACUAUUUCCCUGCCAGUCUGCCUGGAAUACCCACCUCCUGCCAGUCAGGAAGCCUCACACGAAUGACUACCGACCAAGAUUAGAGCUACCAAAGAUAAAUAAAAGAGUCAUUGAUAUACAUCCAACUGUUCCCAACCCAUAUACUCUCUCGAGCUCCUUGGCACCCUCUAGAGCAGCCGUGGUCUGGUAUAGCAUAUUAGAUUUAAAGGAUGCAUUCUUCAGUCUGCCACCGCCCCAAAGCCAAACCUUAUUUGCCUUCGAAUGGCACAACCCGGAGGAGGGCUACAGUGGACAAUUAACCUGGACACAAUUGCCCCAGGGGUUCAAGAAUUCGCCCACCAUCUUUGAUGAGGUGCUACACAAGGACCUGGGUGAGUACAGGAGGGAGUACCCCGGCCUCACUCUCCUCCAGUACGUAGAUGACAUCCUGAUUGCUGCCGACUCGGCCGAGGACUGUGAGCGGGGGACCCGGGAUCUGCUGGCCACCUUAGGGGCCUCAGGGUACCGCAUCUGCAAAGAGAGGCUAAGUUACCUGGGAUACAUCCUAGAGGGCGGACAGCGGCGGUUAUCAGAUGCCAGAAAAGAAACUGUCCUGAAAAUCCCUACUCCCACCUCCCGAAGGCAAGUAAGGGAAUUCCUAGGAUCGGCCGGCUACUGCCGCCUCUGGAUACUGAGUUUUGCUGAGAUCGCCAGGCCCCUAUAUGAAGCUACCAAAGAGGGGAGGGCAUUUGAAUGGACUGAGAAAGAAGAGGCUGCCUUUAACCAGUUAAAGAAAGCCCUCCUAGCUGCUCCAGCCCUGGGCCUGCCAGACAUUACAAAGCCCUUUCACCUCUUUGUAGACGAACACAGAGGAAUAGCGAAAGGGGUUUUAACUCAAGCCUUGGGCCCCUGGAGCCGCCCAGUAGCUUACCUGUCUAAGAAGCUAGAUCCAGUAGCUGCCGGCUGGCCGCCGUGCCUAAGAAUUAUUGCGGCAACAGUGCUCUUAGUCAAGGACGCUGACAAACUGACCCUGGGGCAGGAAAUCCGGAUCACAACCCCGCAUGCCAUUGAGGGAUUCCUGAAACAGCCUCCUGAUAGAUGGAUGAGCAACGCAUGUAUGACCCAUUAUCAGAGCCUUCUGCUCAACCCUCCUAGAGUGCGGUUCCACCCCACUGUGGCCCUUAACCCCGCCACUUUGCUGCCCGACCCUGACCUAGAUGCCCCACUACAUGACUGUGCGGGAAUCCUAGAGCAAGUACAUGGAUUCCGGAAGGACUUGACCGACUGGCCUCUCCCAGAUGCCGAGGCCACUUGGUUCACGGAUGGGAGCAGCUUUAUACGGGACGGGCACAGGUACGCGGGUGCAGCGGUGGUCACUGAAACGGACACCGUAUGGGCAGAAGCUCUACCCUCCGGAACGGAAUCAGCCCAGCGAGCAGAGCUCAUCGCCCUCACUAAGGUGCUGACGCUGGGAGCUGGAAAGCGGCUCAACAUCUACACAGAUAGCCGUUAUGCAUUUGCCACAGCUCAUGUUCAUGGGGCAAUCUAUCAAGAGAGGGGGUUACUGACAGCAGAGGGAUGGACUAUAAAAAAUAAGCAGGAGAUACUCAACCUGCUUACGGCCUUAUGGCUUCCUGCCAAGUUAGCCAUAAUCCACUGCCAGGGACACCAAAGAGCCAAUGACCCGGUAGCAAGAGGUAACCAAAAGGCUGACCAGGCAGCCAAGGCAGUGGCCUUUACUUCGGUCCCCACCAUGGCCCUACAACUACCGGCCCCGGGGGACCCAGUUUUACCAGACCAACCCAGAUACUCCCAGGAGGAGUUUCAGCGGAUCAGGAAACUUCCCCUAGCCCAGGAGAUAAAGGGAUGGUGGUAUACACCAGACAAGGAGCUCAUACUGCCAGACCCUCUCGGAGUCCCAGUGUUAGAACGCAUGCACCGGUCCACCCACCUGGGGGCCCGGAAAUUAAAGAACUUAAUCCAGCAUGCCAGAAUCAAGAUUCACCAGCAAAACUCAAAAAUAAAUCAAGUUGUAUCCAUCUGUAAGACCUGCCAACUCACAAACGCGAGGGCCGGGUCAAGUGAAAAAGGAACCAGGGUCAGAGGAACCAAGCCGGGAGCUCAAUGGGAAAUCGACUUCACCAAAGUCAAGCCAGGGAGGUAUGGUUAUAAAUAUCUUUUAAUAUUUAUAGACACCUUUUCUGGAUGGGUAGGCAUACCCCCAACCAAGCAUAAAACAGCUCAGACGAUAGCCAAGAAACUGCUAGAAGACAUCCUACCCAGGUAUGGAUUUCCUGCUAUGAUAGGAUCAGACAACGGGCCAGCUUUUAUUUCACAGGUAACACAGGCAGUAGCCAAGGCUAUAAGGGCAGAUUGGAAAUUGCAUUGUGCCUAUAGGCCCCAAAGUUCAGGGCAGGUAGAAAGGAUGAAUAGAACCCUAAAAGAGACCCUUACUAAAAUAACCAUGGAGACUGGCGGGGACUGGGUGGCUCUCCUACCGUAUGCCCUUUACCGAGUGAGGAACUACCCUUACACCCUGGGCUUUACUCCCUAUGAGAUCGUGUUUGGCAGGCCACCCCCUAUCAUUCCUAACCUUAAAGCUGAGCUUCUUGCUGAAUUUGAAAAUCAAAUAUCUUUUCUCUUAAGAGGACUCCAGAGGGCACAUGAGGACAUUUGGCCGCACCUCCGUGCCAUCUACAAGGCUGGCCGGACCCCGACGCCUCAUCAGUACAGACCGGGAGACUGGGUUUUUGUCAAAAGGCACCGCUGGGAGACCCUCAAGCCGCGUUGGAAGGGUCUCUACGUCAUAGUGCUGACUACACCCAUCGCUCUCAAGGUAGACGGCGUCGCGACCUGGAUCCAUCACACCCACGUCCGCCCAGCUGAUCCCUCUGCAGUCCGGAAGGACCUCAUCACACAAUGGAGCCUCGAUCACAAUCAGCACAACCCGCUCAAGCUCAAGCUACCGUGCAUUCGACCCGCCUGAUGUCGGUAACUCUGUUGACUCUGUUCGCUGUCACCUACCCUGCUAGGAGUCCCCACGCCCCUUGCAAUCUUACCUGGCAGAUCAUAGACACCAGCUCAGGAACUAUACUUAAUCAGACUUCCCAGAUCCAUCCCAAGGACACAUGGUUCCUGGAGCUCCGGGAAGACCUCCAUAGCCUCUUUUCUGGUAGACUGCCCAUGGAAUAUGAACCAUUCAUCUGCAAGCAAAACCAUUUUUAUGUUUGUCCCUGCCACUUGUGGACCCAAACACGGGGUCACGCUCGCAACCCAUGUGGGGACGCGGCAGACUACUUCUGCGCCUCCUGGUCGUGUGUCUCGACCGGACACAUCUGAUGGACUCCUCCGAAAACCGGUGAUCUAAUCACCGUAAAGCGGCCGGUUGCCCCACCUUGCGGCCGAGAGAGUCUCUGUAACCCUGUAAAUAUAUCCUUCACAGAACAGGGAAAGAAAGCAACUGGAUGGGAAGCUGGAAAAACCUGGGGAAUUAGACUAUAUGACAAAGUAAGGCUUGCAGCCCAAGACCGGGGAACACUAUUCACCCUCCGGGUGCAGGUAGCCCAGCAGGUCCCAGCAGGGGUGGGGCCUAACCGGGUAUUAGCACCUCAAAAUACCCCCACCCAGGCCCCGACCUCACAGCCCUCUGCCUUCCCCGCCCCGAUCCGCACCUCAACAUCUGACACAGACCCCCUAUGGAACAUGAUCAUGGGAGCAUAUCAUGUUUUGAACACUUCCCAACCUGACCUGACUGAGUCCUAUUGACUCUGUCUAGAUGUCCAGCCACCAUAUUACAAAGUUAUCGCUAUUAGGGGCAAUUAUACAAUGGCCUCCAAUUCCUGCUCCUGCAGGUGGCAGCAAGCCACUGCAAGACUAACCCUCCAGGCAGUAAUAGGGCAAGGUACUUGCAGAGGCCGAGUGCCCCCUGAACAAUCACAUCUUUGUAAUAACACUCUAUCAGUCCCUAGUGGGACAGCUUACCUGCUCCCCCCCGAAAAUGCAUGGUGGGCCUGUUCCAGUGGCCUCGCUCCCUGCGUCCACUCCCAAAUCCUCAACUCCUCAAGAGAAGACUUUUGCAUACUCGUCCAGCUAAUCCCCAAGCUAGUAUACCAUUCGGGGGAGGAAAUGCUUAACAGGAUAGGUUCUGCUAACCCCCGAAGUAGAAGAGAACCUGUUACAGCCCUAACUCUGGCCACGCUCUUAGGGCUGGGACUAGCAGGGGCAGGAACCGGGAUAUCCUCGCUAGUCAUACAAGACAAGAACUAUAGAACCCUAAGAGCAGCCAUUGACCUAGACAUAGAAUGAAUUGAGAAAUCCAUUACCCAUCUACAAGAAUCCCUUACUUCCUUAUCUGAAAUAGUACUCCAGAACAGAAGAGGAUUGGACUUACUGUUCAUGCAGCAAGGAGGCCUAUGUGCAGCCCUAGGGGAGGAGUGUUGCUUUUAUGUUGACCAUUCGGGAGUUGUUAAAGAAUCCAUGGCCCUCAUAAGAGAGGGACUGCAGAAACGAAAGUUAGAGAAGGAGCAGUCUCAGUCUUGGUAUGAAUCUUUAUUUAACUGGUCCCCAUGGUUAACCACUUUUAUUUCCGCCCUCUCCAGACCCCUUGUAAUCCUACUAAUGCUGUUGACCUUCGGCCCUUGCAUUAUCAACAGACUAGUCCAAUUUGUCAAAGAACGCAUAGGGGCGGUUCAGUUGAUGGUUCUGCACACCCAGUACAGGCCUCUAGUAGCGGGUGGCGAGGUAGAAAUGCGGUCCGUCCCAUGAUUGGGCCCGUAAGUUUCAGACAAGGUGGGAAUGAAAAGGCAGAGCAGGACUGACUCCAUUUUGUACUGCGUCCUCCAUCUUGUGUAACUAUGUCCCCGACAUGACCCCUUUCUGAAAAAACCCACAG